AUGUCGCAAUACCCGAACUUGGACGAUCCGGUGGUAAUCUCGAUACACAUGGGAGAACUAACAGUCAGAAAGGUUCUACUCGACCUUGGGAGUAGUACCGACAUCCUGUUUUACUCCACAUUUAAGAAGAUGCAACUCAAGGACAAAGCACUACAACCAUCACCUGGAGAAUUCGUAGGGUUCUCCAGAGAAAGAGUUCCUGUAUCAGGUUAUGUAUGGCUGAGAACAACGGUAGGAGAGUCUCCAAACUUAAAAACCCUAGAUAUCCAAUUUUUUGUAGUUGAUUGUGCAGGCCCUUAUAAUGUUAUUUUGGGGCGUCCUUACCUGAACUCCUUUGGAGACAUUAUCUCUAUAAUUCACCUUUGUGUUAAGUUCCCUGUGCAGGAUAACAUAGUAGUGAUGGUGCAUGCCGACCAAAAAGAGGCUAGGCAAUGCUACAAUGUAGGCUUGAAAGUCACUCCAAAAGAGACUAUCAUAAGAGUACAUUCUGUCUAUAACUCAGAAAGCAUUCCGACCUUGGCCGAACUAGAUCCGAGGAAUAGCAACAGUCGUCCCGCCCCAACGGACGACCUAGAAAAGGUACAACUCAGAAAAGCAGACCAGAUUACUAACAUCGGUUCUGUUUUCUCUGUAGGAACAAAACAAAAUCUGAUUGAAACACUAAAGUCCAACUCCGACCUAUUAGCAUGGACACCUGCUGACAUGCCAAGGAUCGAUCCAAACUUUAUAUGUCAUAAGUUAGCAGUCAAUCCUAACGCCCGACCUGUAAGACAAAAGAAACGAAAUCUGGGUAUAGAAAGAAAAAAUGCAGCAAUAGUAGAAACACAUAAAUUACUUGAUGCAGGUUUCAUCCGAGAACUUAGUUUCUCAUCAUGGCUGGCAAAUGUGGUAAUGGUUAAGAAGAGCUCGGGAAAAUGGCGCAUUAGCGUGGACUUUACAGAUCUAAACAAAGCUUACCUGAAGGACUCUUAUCCACUGUCGAACAUCGACAGACUGGUGGACGACACCUCAGGGUAUCAAUUGCUAAGUUUCAUGGAUGUCUACUCUGGCUACAAUCAAAUACAAAUGCACCUUGAUGAUGAAGACAAAACAACGUUUGUGACUGACCAAGGUAAUUUUUGUUAUAAGGCCAUGCCUUUUGGACUGAAAAAUGCAGGAGCAACCUAUCAAAGAUUAAUGGACAAGGUCUUCAAAGAUCAUAUUGGCCGAAACAUUAAGAUAUAUGUCAAGGACAAGGUGGUCAAAUCAAGCUCGGAACAACAACAUGAAGUUGAUCUUAAUAAAUCUUUCAGCAACUACAAAGGAACAAUAUGA